UUAGAAGUGGGGCACUUGCUCAAAACGAUGUCGUUUGCCCAGACAAUUUCUUGAGCCGGUGCUCGCUCUGUGUGAAAUAUCUGAGUCCAGGCGUCCUCUCCGGCCACUCUCUCAGAUGGAGACGGCGUCACUGAGUCAUGUUGUCUUCGCAGGUAAUCAUAGACAAACAAAUCGAAACCCCCAAUUAUUCCCAAUCCACAAGCAUGUAAGAACAAGAAGGAUUCAUCUCCAGUGCGGUCGUUUUGGACUUGGUGCUCUUAAUUUCUCCAAACAAUCCAAUUUUUUUCGAGAUUUUCAGGGAUAUGCAAGACCGUUGCGUCUCUUACCAGUCUCAGAAGCAAAAUUCUGCAGAGAAGUCAUAGAAGAGAAUAUUCCACACACAUCAUUUAGUGGGGCUGAAUUUCGGUGGUCAUACAAGGUUGAGCUACAGACAAGUAGUAUGUAUGGCUCCGGUUUGAGCAACUUAAACGCUGGAAUAAUCUUAUGCUUUAUAGAUCAGAAUGGUGACUCAAUAUUGCAGAGGAUUCCUUCAGCUUCAGCAACUCUUUAUGCAGAACUAGAGGACGUAGUUGGUUCUGAUGCUGACAUUAUCCAUUUCCAAGGCGGUUCCAUUGAUUCAUUUACCUUUGAAGGACCUAAACUAGGUCGAGUUGAUGCUCUUUGGGUCUGUGUUGAAUCAGGUCAAUGGAGACUAGGCGGUGUCAGCUUGAUCAUCAUUAGUGCUAGUCAAGCCUUGAAGGAAGACAUUGAUGCUGGAAAGAUUCAGUAUAUUGGCUUCGAGUAUAAAUUUGAAGUUGACGAUUUAUUGCUUGGAGAGGGAAGCAACCUAUCGAUGGUGGAACUUAGACCUUGCCAUGUUUCUGAAAUAUCUGGUGAUGAUCCAUUUACCCUGCUGAGUAGAAAGACCAUUUCCCAAUUAACAUCAUUAGAUAGUUUCAGCAUUUCUAAUGAGGAAAGCAUGAAAGAGUAUGCAGAUUUAAAGUCAUCAUUGUUACUCUACGAUGCCAUGCUUAUUUCUACCGGUACAACUAUUGCAAACUUAUCUGCUGGAGACAAUGCUGCUUUUGCAUUCUUACUUGGCGGGAUUGGCGGAUUUCUUUAUUUGUUGCUGUUGCAGAGGUCCGUCGAUGGAUUGCCGGUUCCACCAUCAGAUUCUGAUAGACCAAGUGGGUCUGAUCAACAAUUUGGAGGAUUCAAGAGCCCAUUAUCAGGCAUAGCAUUGGCAGUAGGGUUCACUUUGCUAGCAGUGAGAUAUGGUUCGGGAGAUGUUUCGAUGACAUUGACGCCAAAAGAUCUCUUGGUUGGUAUGAUGGGAUUCAUAGCAUGCAAAGUGGCUGUUGUUUUGGCAGCAUUGAAGCCCCUCCCACUCGGUCCAAAGGAGAUUAAGUGAAAUACAUUGUUCCUUUGGUUCAUCUGCGUUAUUGAUAGAACGAUAGAUGAUUUGACUCUGGUUUGGGUCCCACAGUAAUAUACAACUAUAUAAAUGUAUAUAUAUGUUCGACUUACUAAAAAUACA